GGCCUGCCCACUGGAAGGAGGUUUUUCCUGUCGCUAAUGGAGACCGUCAGUCACCCAUCGACAUCAAAACUGAGGAAACCAAGUAUGAUCCCUCUCUCCGUCCUCUAAAUCCGAAUUAUGAUCCAGCUUCUGCUAAAAUCAUCCUUAACAACGGGCACUCUACCAGUGUUGAGUUUGAUGAUACCGUCAACAAAUCAGUGCUGACCGGGGGGCCGCUCAGCGGGACCUACAGGCUGCGCCAGAUUCACUUCCACUGGGGGUCCAACGACGAAGCCGGCUCCGAGCACGCAGUGGAUGGGAUGAAGUACGCGGCAGAGCUUCAUGUGGUCCACUGGAACUCAGAAAAAUAUUCCAGUUUUGUUGAGGCAGCCCGCCAGUCAGAUGGAUUAGCAGUCAUGGCUGUAUUUCUGAAGAUUGGUGAAUGCAACCCUCAGCUGAAGAAGAUUACUGACCGCUUGGACACCAUCAGAAUCAAGGGUAAAAGAGCACUAUUCACAAACUUUGAUCCUAGUUGUCUGCUUCCCAAGUCCCUGGACUACUGGACUUACUUUGGCUCUCUCACUGUUCCACCUCUUCUUGAGAGUGUCAUCUGGAUUGUCCUGAGAGAGCCCAUAAGUGUUUGUUCUGAACAGCUAGCCAAAUUCCGCAGCCUCCUGAGCACUGCUGAGGAUGAGGUCGCCUGCUGCUUGCUGAGAAACUACCGGCCUCCCCAGCCUUUAAAGGGACGAGAAGUCAGAAGGAACUAA